AUGAGGAGAUACCACUCCUUUUCGGCCUCGGUCAUUCUCACAAUCCCUUUCUGGAAUCCUUCGAAUGCGCUGCUCGGUCAAGGAUUUAAUGUGACUAGAGAAGACUGGUUCUUCAACGGGAUCCUGGCGCCGGGGACUGCAGCGCAGCUACCGGCGGCUUGCGCGACGGCAUACACAAAACCAAUAGACUGCAACGUCACGAUAUUAAUGUCGCCAAAUGUGGAAGCAAAGAGGUCGACACUGGAGGACGCUUGCACGCCGGAAUGCGCGACAUCCAUGCUCGCCUACCAGCGGGAGGCACGAGAGGCAUGCACAGGUGCGGACCUGAGAGCGUUGGGAUUGAGUCAAUCAUGGCUGAAAGAUGUGAUCAGUGGGCAGGCGAGCAUCCAGUUAUACUGGAAACAGUGCCUCCGGGAGGUGUUUGUGACCCCUCUCCACGAAACCGAUCCCUCCCACCACUAACAGAACCGCAGGGGGACGGAAAGGAUCUGCGGCAUUUCGCAAUCGGACUACGAGCUGGCCUGGGAAGUGGCCACCUCCGAAACUGCCGAUAGCGUAGCCGUCGGUGAAUUUUGCGAUGACAACUGCAUGACGCAGGCGGUGGUGUUGAACGCUCCGACAGAAGAGAAUUUGGGCGACUUGAAAGGGAUGUGCGGGACGGAUAUCGGGGGGUUCCCAUUCAUUGACGCGAUGCUCUUUGCCGGAUUGAUAAAGCGGGAUACCGAUGGAUCCGUGAUCGCUGCGAACGCUACGGCAAAGACCAUUUCACGAGGGUCCAGGGGCACAUUGGGAUGGGGAAAGGAAGCACUGUUAGGGAUAAAUCUGUUGAUGUUUUUUUCGAUGCUGUGCUGA